AUGCCUAUCAACAAAAUCCAAGUCAAGAAUCCUGUGGUCGAUCUCGAUGGAGAUGAAAUGACACGCAUCAUUUGGCAGCUCAUCAAGGAUAAACUCAUUUUGCCAUACCUUGAUCUCGACAUCAAGUAUUACGAUUUAAGCGUCACCAACCGUGACAAGACAGAUGACAAGGUUACAGUGGAAGCAGCUGAAGCUAUCAAAAAGUACAACGUUGGUAUCAAGUGCGCAACCAUCACCCCCGACGAGGCACGUGUGGAAGAAUUUGGUCUUAAGAAGAUGUGGAAGUCUCCCAACGGCACCUUGCGCAACAUUUUGAAUGGCACUGUAUUCCGAGAACCCAUCGUUCUCAAGACAUUACCUCGCCUGGUGCCUGGUUGGUCCGAACCUAUCAUUAUUGGUAGACAUGCAUUUGGCGAUCAGUAUCGUGCCACUGAUUUGGUGACAGGGGGUCCUGGAAAAUUGGAGAUGGUGUUCACGCCCCAGGAUGGAUCAGCGCCUCGUCAAAUCCAAGUAUACCAAUUUGAAAAGAGCGGUGGUGUCGCCUUGAGCAUGUACAACACCGAUGAAUCCAUUGAAGGCUUUGCACAUGCUUGUUUCCGUGUCGCUCUCGAUCGUAAGAUGCCCAUGUACUUGAGCACCAAGAACACCAUUCUCAAGGCAUACGAUGGCCGAUUCAAGGAUAUUUUCCAGAACAUCUAUGACACUCAAUACAAGGCUGCAUUUGAAAAAUUGGACAUUUGGUAUGAGCACCGUUUGAUUGACGACAUGGUGGCGCAAAUGCUUAAAUCAAAAGGCGGCUUUGUAUGGGCAUGCAAGAAUUACGAUGGUGAUGUCCAAUCGGAUAUCGUUGCACAGGGCUAUGGCUCCUUGGGGCUUAUGACUUCAGUGCUUUACACACCUGAUGGAAAGACUGUUGAAGCUGAAGCUGCUCAUGGAACCGUCACGCGUCAUUAUCGUGAGCACCAAAAGGGUAACGCCACAUCCACCAAUCCUAUCGCCUCCAUCUUUGCUUGGACACGCGGUCUUGCACACCGAGCCAAGCUCGACGACAACAAGGAACUUGCUCAAUUUACCAAGGAUUUGGAACAAGCGUGUAUCGAUCUUAUUGAAGUAGACAAGAAAAUGACCAAGGAUCUUGCCUUGAUCAUUUACGGAAAGGGCAUGAAGCUUGAGCAUUACUCAACAACAGAAGAGUUCCUGCAGCAGAUCGCUGACAAGUUGGCAAGCAUUCGUAUCAAGUCGAGGUAA